AUGGUGGCAGACGCCAAUGCAGCAACUACUUUCAUUGAAUAUUCAAUUUCUGGUCUCUUAACACAAAACAUUAUUCGACCUUUUAUGAAGUGUCAACAUUCGAAUAGAGAUUUGAUGAAUUUUUCUUUCUUUUUCAUUUCUUUCCCGCUUCUACUCUUUUUCAUUGGAUUUAUUCUUUUAUUCUUACUUUCUUUUAUUUCUUAUUCUUGUCUCAGCCAUUUAUAUUACGUGUAUUUAUUCUUCAUAUCUUUUUUUUUCGAAUUUUCAUUCUUUUUCAUUCAACGCUUUAUUUAUACUUUUCUUCCGUCUGUCAUUAAUAUUCUCUUUCAUUAUUUUUUCUUCUAUCUGUUCUUCAUUCCCUUGAGUUUUUCAUUUCUCAUUAUUUUUCAAUUCUUUCUUUCUUUCUUUCUUUCUUUCUUUCUUUCUUUCUUUCUUUCUUUCUUUCUUUCUUCCCAUUUUCCUUCCCUCUCCUCGUUAUCACCUUUUUGUAGUCUCUCUCUCUCGUUUUUCUUCUUUCUUUCAUGCUUUCCUUCCUUCCUUUCUGUUCAUUUUCUUCACAUUUUUCUUCCCUUUUCUAUCUCAUUUUCUUGCAGUCUCCUUUUGUUUUUGUUGCUUUCAAUCAUUAAUCCUUAUUUCUUUUCUUCCUUUCCAUUUUUUCUUUUACUUUUUUCCGUUGUUUUGACCUUUUAUCUAUUACGAGUAAUUUUCUUUCAAAAUAUUCCUUUCUUUGCUUCUUCCAAUAUUUUCCUUUCUUUCCAUUCUUUUCCCUCUUCCUUAUUUUUUUGUUCUUUCUUUCUUUGCUUGCUUCAUCCUUUUUAUAUCGUCUUUUGUUUGUUGUGUCUUCUCCCGCCCUUUCUACGUUAG